UACUCCCGCGUCCUCCGCAUCUCCUUCCUUCUCUUUCUCACCUCCAACUGCUUCUGCUUGAUCCCAACAACAAAGACUGAUAACGAGAUCACCGGCACUCCGGCAGGGUUGCGUCCACGAGUCCUUGGUGCCCCGGCCGACUCCCUCCUGAUCUUGGCCUGAUUUUGCAGAAUAGCUAACGAGGUACUACAGUUUUAUGGGCACUCCAUCUCCAUCCAUCCAGCUGCUUUACGAUACGACCCUAGCUAGAUCAACAACAAGAAGAGAUCAAAACGAACUCCCCUACACCACAUCCCAACCACCGCCCAUCGCUACCAGGAAAGGAGACGCACAAGGCAGAACGGACAAAAAUAAAUAUAAGCGAGACAGAUUUUCUUGUUGUUAAUUAUUAAUGGCGAGAUAUACUGAGCACUACUCCUAUACUACGUUUGCACUGCGUUAAUGGUCUGAUCAUGCCCUCAUAUUCUUUCGCUCCGUGCAGCGCCGCCGCCGGCCGGCUUCUUCCGCUGGUAGAUACGUUCGCUCUGGCCUUCUCCCCGGCGGUGCCGCGCGGCGCAUCAGCCAACGUGCCGGCGCCGGAGGAGGAUGCUGGCGCUGUUGGCGUUUCCGCUUUUCUCCUUUGGACGGGCUCCCCGAUAGACAAGGGCUAAAGCAACUGAAACGCCUGGCUGGCUCCAUCUCCUGCGUACCUAUCUCUUGCACAGAUUCUCCAGAACAAGUUGUUUGAAGUGUCUCGAAGAAUCGCGAUCGCGGUGUGAGUUUCCCAGAAUGGCCAAGAUCAGUUGCUUCUGUGUUCUGCUCGGUGGCAGCAGGAAGAAAUCAAAGGACAUGCAGAAGGUUUCUUGGGCUAAUGGAAACGACUGCCCGAAGGUGAAACCGGUGGAGUCCAUGGAGGGGACGGACGCUGCUUACACCGGCACCAAAGCCACUGGCAAUGCUACGGCACGCGACACAAAGCCGGUUAUCGCCGAGACACGCGCCGAGUCGGCAUGUCAAGGCCAUGCCGGGAACGGUGAAAAGGCCUCGACAGAGAGUAACGUCGUGGACAUCAUCGUCAGCGGCCCAGGCUCGCCCGGUGACAACAGCAGUGACGGCGCCGACAAGGAUGCCUCACCGGACACGGGCAAGUUCCCGACGGUCACUCCAUCGAGGCUGGAACGCUCGUGCUCCAACAUCGAGACGGCGAGGCCCGGCUGGAGGAAAUCGUCCGGGCACGACAUGGCGCUGCUGGCCAAGUCACGCUCCCACGACGACCUCAUGUCGUCGGCCUUGGCGCCGCCGGCCCGUAGCCAUAGCAUCACCACCAGCCCCAACGGCGCGCCGGACGCCAGCCCGACGACGUCCACGUGGAGCGCCGACCGCGUGAUGCUGAGGCGGAGGUCGUCGAGCCAGGUGCUGCCGUCCCGGAGCCGGAAGCUCUGGUGGAGGCUCUUCCUCUGGAGCCACCGGAACCUGCACCGACCCCAAGGCGGCGGCGGCGCGGCCACGUCAGCGUCGCCACGUGCGCGCGCGGACGAGGUCGACGUGUCACGUUCGCGCCAGCGCGACGGGUACACGUCGGACACGCUGGACGCCGCCAAGAAGAAGGACAAGGAGAUCGUCGCCGCCGUGGAAGAAGAAGAAGCAGAAGAAGAAGUACGGGUUAUCCCGAGCCAGUGGGUCGCCUUCUCGGCGGAGGCGUCGACGCCGCUCGAUCGGGUCAGCGCCUGGGUGAGCGCCCUCGCGGACCGCUCGUUCGACAUCGAAGAGGAUCAUGAGAUCAUCAGUGAGAUCGGUGAGUCGUCGGCGUCCGGGGCCAAGGCCGGCAACGCGCAAGCGCAUGCUCAGGCACGGCGGCGAGCUGCGGUGGACGAGGCCGUCCAGGCGAGCAGCAUCGUGCAGACGCUUAAUGGAUUCUCGUCCGUGGCGCACAUUUCUGGCAUGGGGCUCAAGGUCGUCCCCAUGAUCUCCGCCUUCUCGAGCCUCCGGGCCGUGAAUCUGUCCGGCAACUUCAUCGCUCACAUCGCCCCGGGGUCGUUGCCCAAGGGGCUGCACUCGCUGGAUCUGUCGAGGAACAGCAUCUCGACCACGGACGGCCUGCGGGAACUGACGAGGCUGCGCGUGCUCAGUCUCAGCUACAACCGGAUCUCGCGCAUCGGCCAUGGACUGUCGAACUGCACGGCGAUCAGGGAGCUCUACCUGGCCGGGAACAAGAUCAGCGACGUGGAGGGGCUCCACCGCCUGCUGAAGCUGGCCGUGCUGGACCUGAGCUUCAACAAGAUCACCACGGCCAAGGGCCUGGGCCAGCUCGUGGCCAACUACAACUCCCUCAGGGCUCUCAACCUCCUCGGCAACCCGGUGCAGACCAACGUCGGCGACGAAACGCUCCGAAAGGCGGUAUCAGGCCUGCUACCGCGGCUGGAGUAUCUCAACAAGCAGGCCGUGAAGCCGCAGCGCGCGCGGGAGGCGGCCAAGGACAGCGUCGCCAAGGCGGCACUCGGGAACACCGGGUGGAGCUCCCGUAGGCGGGUGUCACGGCGGCUGAGCCAUAGCCCCGGCUCAUCGUCGGCGAAGAACCGGGACAGGGAAGGGAGCAGCAGGAGCAGGUCCAAGAACAGGCCUCAGAGCUUGAGCCUCACGAGGAGGUGAGAAAUUAAAUCAGGCAGGAAGUUAACCGUGCCAUACGUACGGGAACACCGGAGGGCGUUGAGAUUGCAGGAAAACGCACUGCAGCGUUUUCAGAUCGGUGAUGCGCAUCCUCCGUGGUUAUUCGCUUUGUGAUGAGCUUGGAAAAUAAGUGUGUUUCAAGCAUUUCCUGAUUGUUUUUGUACCCGAAAUUAUUCGGGAAAGAAGAGAGGUAUGCAAUCCUAGUUAGGAUGCUUGCAUUCGGGAUCUAAAUGUGUAUGUUGACCGAUCGAUGAAGCAAUUUGAUUCAGGGGACAAGAAUUAAAAACAAGGUUUUUACUUGUUUGAAGUCCCGUCCAUACAUAAGGAUCUGGGUAAAUGUACACAUAUUCACCUAUAACCAGAUGUACCUACCUGGUGGCUAA